UUAGCCAUUAAAAAUGGCAGCUAAGUUUAGGGUCAAAUAGCAGCCCAACAAACGUGCGAAGUCCUUUUUAUUUUUGAUAAUUGUAUUUGCAUAGUUUUCAGUAAAAAUAAGUUGUAAUUUAACAAAACUAUGGCUCAGCAAUUAAAAGAUUUCGCUAGCCGAUUUUCUAAGGUUCCCGGUGGUGGAGGAGGCGGUGGAAUAGCUACCGGAAUAAAACUCUUAAUUGCCGCUGGCGGUCUUGCUUAUGGAGUUACACAAUCAGUGUAUACCGUUGAUGGUGGUCACAGAUCAAUCAUAUUUAGUCGUAUUGGAGGAGUGAAAGAUGACAUUUACAGUGAGGGAUUACAUUUCAGAAUUCCUUGGUUUCAUUACCCUAUCAUCUAUGACAUUAGAGCUAAGCCUCGAAAGAUAUCCUCUCCAACUGGUAGCAAAGAUCUUCAAAUGGUGAAUAUAUCUUUGAGAGUUUUAGCAAGACCUGAUGCCAAGAAUCUUCCUCACAUAUAUAGGAUGUUGGGAACUGAUUACGAUGAAAGAGUUUUGCCCUCUAUUUGCAAUGAAGUCCUGAAAAGUGUUGUUGCCAAGUUUAAUGCCUCACAACUAAUAACACAACGUCAGCAGGUUUCCCUUCUUGUAAGGAAAGAACUCAUUGAGCGUGCUCGAGAUUUCAGCCUUAUUCUUGAUGAUGUAUCUAUAACAGAAUUAAGUUUUGGAAAAGAAUAUACUGCUGCUGUUGAAGCUAAACAAGUUGCCCAACAAGAAGCUCAGAGGGCUGCCUUUGUUGUGGAACAAGCUAAGCAGGAAAGACAACAAAAGAUUGUUCAAGCUGAGGGUGAAGCUCAAGUUGCAAAAAUGUUGGGUGAUGCUAUUUCUAAAAAUCCUGGAUACUUGAAACUGCGAAAAAUUAGAGCCGCUCAGAAUAUUGCUAGAACUAUUGCUAAUGCCCAAAAUAGAGUUUACAUCAACGCUAACGCCUUGAUGUUGAACAUAGCUGAUAAAGAUUUUGAUUUAUUAGAUAAAGAUAUUAAAUCAAAAUAGAAGAACAUUUUCAAAUUCAUCUGCCUUAUCUGAAUACUAAUUCAUAGAAAGCAUAUUUGUGAGAGUAAUGCAUAUGUAUGAAGUUCUAAAUAAAUAUUCACUUUGUUGAUUUA